AAUAUUUACAAGUAGCUGCUUAAACUGUGGAGCUGCCAGCAGGCUAAUUCUGCAGAAAAUGAGGAAUAAAUGUACAGAAAAGAAGCGCAUGGAGAGCUUCAGGGGCAGGGCAGAUGGAGCUUUAUGGAAACACGUGACAGGACUUGUAGGAGCGAUGCUUCAUCUGUGGAUGAUGCGCUUCUGACUUGGAUUAACGCGCGGAGAUAAAGGGCGAUUCUGCGCACUUUGAAAAAUUAUGUAAGGUUGUCCGGGCGUCUCUGACUGCAGCUCCACCCUCACACACAGCCAUGAAGUCUGUGUUGGACGGUGUGGCAGACACCACCUUCCGGACUAUCACAUCUGGUUUACAGUUUUUGGGCUCCAACGAUGCAAACUACAACGACCCCAUGAAUAAUGUAAACUUAAAGGGGGGUUUCUCUCUGCAGAAACCUUUAUCUGCCUUUCGCAGCAACCCCUUCCCAGACAAAGUACCUGUGGACGAGGAGCUCAUCCUGAAGAGCAUCCCUUUCCCCACCAAUGCCACAGACUUGUUUGGCAACAGGAGCACAUUCAGAGAUGAGACCAACACUAUACAAUGUGGAGAGAACUUUAUGGACAUGGAGUGUUUCAUGAUCUUGACUCCAAGCCAGCAGCUGGCAGUGGCUGUGCUGUCUCUGACUCUGGGUACCUUCACAGUGUUGGAGAACCUGGUGGUGCUCUGCGUCAUCCUGCAGUCGAGAUCCCUCCGCUGUCGGCCGUCCUACCACUUCAUUGGCAGUCUGGCUGUGGCUGACCUACUGGGGAGUGUGAUAUUCGUCUACAGCUUUCUGGACUUCCAUGUUUUCCACCGGAAGGACAGCCACAAUGUUUUCCUCUUCAAGCUAGGUGGCGUCACUGCGUCGUUCACUGCAUCUGUAGGGAGUCUUUUCCUCACUGCUAUCGACCGCUACAUCUCCAUACACCGGCCUCUGGCGUACAGGCGCAUUGUGACACGGACCAAGGCUGUCAUUGCCUUUUGCAUGAUGUGGAGCAUCUCCAUCAUCAUUGCAGUGCUACCUCUGCUAGGCUGGAACUGUAAAAGCCUCAACUCUAUUUGCUCAGACAUAUUCCCUCUGAUUGACGAGAACUACCUGUUGUUCUGGAUCGGUGUAACCAGCGCUCUUGUUCUUUUCAUAAUCUACGCCUACAUUUACAUCCUGUGGAAAGCACACCACCAUGCUGUGCGAAUGCUGAGCCGCACCUCUCAGAAGAGCCUUGUUGUUUACUCAGCAGACGGGACUAAAGUGCUGUCGACGCGCCCUGAGCAGGCCCGCAUGGACAUCCGUCUCGCCAAGACCCUGGUGCUCAUCCUGGUGGUGCUGGUCAUCUGCUGGGGCCCAGUGCUCGCCAUCAUGGUCUAUGACCUUUUCUGGAGGAUGGACGAUGACAUCAAGACGGUGUUUGCAUUCUGCAGCAUGCUCUGCCUGCUCAACUCCACCGUCAACCCAAUCAUCUACGCCUUGAGGAGCAAGGACCUGCGGCAUGCCUUCCUCAGCUCCUGCCAUGCCUGCAGGGGAAGCGCUCAGCAGUUGGACAAUAGCCUGGAGUCAGACUGCCAGAACAGAAAUGCCAACAUUUCUGCCAACAGGGCUGCAGAGAGCUGCGUGAAGACCACUGUGAAAAUAGCCAAAGUAACCAUGUCUGUGUCAACUGAGACUUCUGCAGAGGCUGUUUAAUUGGCUGUCGUGGGGGAAACUGUGUAAAUGUCAUCCUCUCUAAAAAAAAGAAUGCCAUUCAACACAAUAAAGCAGCAGUUAGGUAUUUCAGAGCAAAGAAAAAAACCUCGCCUAAAGGUACAUCCUCACAUAGACGCUUCAGUGGUUGCAUUAUUUUGGGUCAGCGUGUGAGUACAUGGUGUGCCCAAGUGCCAAACGGUAUUGCAAGCUCAGAGAAGGGACUCUUAUUCUGAAAGGAUUACCCCAGACUAUCUUAAGUCUGCUGUUUACCAUAGACUUCAUGAUAUCCAGUUAGUGAAGGCAUAUUAUAUUUUUGUACUGUGAAUUCAGGUUUUGAACACAAUAUAUCUUCAUUUAUGGGAUAAGGGGCUACUGAUGUUUUUAAUUCGACAUGUUUUCAUGUGUCAUUUAGACUCUAACACGUGUCUCGCACCGUAAAUAAAACGAUUCGCGUCUUGACUUUCUUCAUGUACAUGUUGCGCAUCAACAUUUCUGAGCAAAAAGGUCUAAUGACUCUGAUUGUUAAUUUCCAAAAUUGCCAUUUAACAUGACAAUAUUUGACGUCUUUCGACAACGCUCAGUGAGUGGCUAAUGUGUGUGGAGGUUUUGAGAAAGUAAGAGGUGACUCAUGCUCAGAGUUAAAAAAAAUAAACAUUUAUCACCAUCACACAUAAACUCUAAUCAGAUGGAGGUAAAUGGAUUCACAGCUUUUGAGUUCAUCCAAUCUGAAGUGGCAUUUUCUGUGAUGUCCAUUUCUUUACUCGCUGGCUGUUAGACCUUUAAAGUAACGUGUCUUUGUUCUAAUGUAAACCUAACAAAUGUACAGUGUUUUCCUGCGAAAUAAAGUGUUUAAAUCGACUCAUUCACACAAAAACAACAAUAAAAGCCUUGAAAUCAUAAGAAGUGAAGUUGAACGCAGUGUGCUGGUCAUACUGCAUCAGACUGAUUAGAUUUCUGACGAAAGCUGCAUUCAUGAAAUGUAUGAUUUUUCUGAAUUCAGCCUUGUAUGUGUGUAAAAACCUUGUGAUUUGGCAUUUUGAGCAUUGCAGUGAGUUGUUUUAGUGCUACUGUUGCAGUGGGAGGUCAUUUGGAAGAAUAAAAACAACCCAUGCACAGGCCUAGUGAAGUACUUUUUGGCGUGACUCUAAUAAAAACAUGUCUGCUGUUAAUUUUACUUAUCUAAACAAAUAGACAUGGGUCUUUUCAUUAGCCGGUAACUUGAAUGGAAGUCUGUGUGUAUGCGUUGUAUGGAAAACGACAACUGAGCUUACAAAAGAAUCUAAGAAAAGAUGCGAUUUUUCUGACCAUACUUUGAAUCUAGAAAUCUCUUAGCACAAUUGUUCUGUAGACAUUUAUCUUGGUGUAAAGUUAUCCAGACAAGCUGUUUAUCAGUAUGCUUUGCUGCCUCUCGUAUUAUUGAGUAUUGAAGAUCAAUAUGUCAACUGUCAAGUGGCUUCUGUACAGUGAUGGCAUAAUAAGGACUUAAAAAUCACAAUCAGUCAAGUGUUUUUAGUAUUGCUGUUUUCAAACCUUUUGAAUAAAGUCACAGCUGGUUGUCAA